AUGGACUCCCUCGUUGGUUAUCCUGUCUCAAAUCCUGUGUUGCUUUCUGCUUUACCUCUUCCUUCUUCAGAUUAUCAGAUUUUUGAAAGUCUUCUUAGCCCUUUCAUGCUGAACAGCACACCGGUGACUCCAGCUGCUUCCCUCCUACCACAAUACUCCAGCGCAGGAAUCCAGAAGGCCAGCCAUCAGAGCAACCCUGCCAGUCUCACAGCCUCUCCCGAAGCUCGGCCUGAACGGACACAACCCCGCCCCACACCUGCAAAACUCGACUGGCUCUCAGAAGGGAGGCGGCGUGGACCUGAGUCCAAGCAGGCCCUUCGCGCCCCCUUUGCUCGGAACAGGGCGAAGCUGGACACGGAGGGUUGUGGAAAAGCACCACUUAACAAUAUAUGGGAAAAGUCUCGGAUUAUAGGGGGUAAAGUUGCUGAUAUUGGCUCCUGGCCAUGGAUUGUUAGCCUCCAGCUUCCAUAUGAGAAAAAGUUUGUUCAUGUAUGUGGAGGUUGUUUAAUAGCUAAAAGGUGGAUUCUCACAGCUGCUCACUGCAUUAAAAUUAGUAGUGAUCCAGACUUAUGGAGAGCUGUAAUUGGAACUAAUAUUCUAUAUCAGAAACAAACCAAAAUGAUGGAAGUUCAGGAAAUCAUUGUCCAUCCUAACUUCAUGUUGGAAAAUUACUUAAAUGAUGUUGCACUUUUUCAUUUAAAAAAAGCAAUGACAUAUAAUGACUACAUACAGCCUAUCUGUCUACCUUUUGGUGUUUUCCAAAACCUGGACCAAAACACUGCAUGUUAUAUAAGUGGCUGGGGAUUAACAAAAGAAAAAGGUAAUACCACAACUGCAUUACAAGAGGCACAAGUUCAUUUCAUUUCUCGAGCUGUUUGUAAUUCUAUGAAUAGUUAUGCAGGAUUAAUUCCUAAUAGUUCGUUUUGUGCAGGUGAUGAAGAUGGAAAGUUUGAUACUUGCAGGGGUGAUAGUGGUGGACCAUUAAUGUGCUACUUGCCAGAACAUGAGCAAUUUUUUGCAAUGGGAAUUACCAGUUAUGGACUUGGAUGUGGUCGAAAAAAUUUUCCUGGUGUGUAUAGUGGGCUGUCCUUCCACAAAAAUUGGUUGCUUCAUCAACUCAACCAGCAAGUAAUUAGCCACUUUAUUGUUACAAUGUGA